AACAAAAACUUGAAAAACUCAAAAAAGAAUUACAAGAAUUAAAUGAUAAAUAUAAGUCAAUAAUAGAACAGGAUUACAAAAAAUAUAACCAUAACACUAUUGCUCAACAAUUAAAAUAUAACCAACCAUUACAAAUAACUAAAGAAGAAAUAGAACUAAAAUUAGAUUAUUUAUUAAAAAUAAUUUGUGAAGAAAAUAUUGAAAAAACCAUUAUCAAACUAGAAAUAGAAUACGAAAAAGAAAUAACUGCCUAUAAUAUAUACCAAUAUGAAUCUUUAAACUAUUAG